AUGAUAACUCAAAUAUUAGUUUUCUCACCCUUGAUUAUGCUUUGUGUCUACCAAACAGAACAAACAUAUUUCUUACAAACAGAUUUUAUUAAUAAAAUCAAUGAAGAAGCUACAACGUGGAAGGUAACUUAUUCUUAAUAUUUGUAUUUUAUAUCACUACAAUAUAACUAUGUAUAAUAAGCUAUAGAAAAAAUCUGUAAGUUAUUAGGAAAGGACAUGAAACCAGAAUUUAUUUUCGGAUAGAGAGGGUAUUAUAGAUUUCAAAAAGUUGAUACUACUUACGGGUAGGCUACUGAUGUGAGUAAUUGGAAAGGUAGAUCUAUACUCUCAAAAUAUACAAGGUCAUUUUGUUUUACAUGCAACUAUAAAUCAUUACGAAAGAACCCAUAGGGGAAGGGGGAUACAAUAGAAGAAAAUGGGAAAAUGUAUAAAAUGUAGGUAUUAGUAAAUAAAUAUUACGGACUUUUUUUCAACAACUUUUUACCAGCAAUUUUGUUCCGAUUUACAAUUAUAACACUUUCUUAAAGGAAAUCUGACUAAGGUGGUACUUUAAGAAGGUGAUUUUUUGAUUUUUCCAAUAAAUGGGAGAAACCGAGAAAACAGGUAAAAUAUUAAACAAAUAUUAUUAAAGAAAAUGUUUAAUGCGUAUGAGUAGAUUAAAAUAGGGGGUUCUGCCUCAGGUUGCCCCAUAUAUAUCUAAUACAUGUCCACCCGAAUUGUCUACCUCUUCAUCGACAUAUAUUUUUCUUUUUCAUAUUUUCUACAUGUGCCACGUACUCUAUCUAGACCACACUUACCCAAAUAUUUUUUUCACAUAAUCGACUACUUACUAAAUACUUUCCUAUGUGAUGGGGCAUAAUAAAAGAAAUCUUAUCUUCGACUAUUAUGGGAACCCCUAUUUUAUCCUACUCGUAUGCAAUUAUUUUACCAUACUAUGACAUUAUGUAUUGUUGAUAAAGCAACAAUAUCAACCAAACUCCACUCAGAAUCGUUUUUUUCUUUAGUAAUGGUUAAUUGUUGUGUACAGAUGAAUAUUAAAUUUCCUCUACUACGUUCUCAACUUUUUUUCUUCUAGUUUUUCUUAUUAUUUUAAAAACCACUAAGAAAAUCAAAAAAUGACAUCCUAAAUGCAACAAUUAGAGCUAAAAUUCUACAAAAAAAAUCCUUCAUCGUCCUUCAUCCAUCAUUUGUGCGUCGUCCAGUGUUAUUUUUGUAUCAGUCUGCUCAAUAUUUUUUCUUUUAAGGAUAGUUUUUAUGAUUUUCUGUUUGAAAUAUGAAUUCGCGCGCCGCCAUGUAUUUCUGGAAUUUUUUGCUAUUACCGUCAUAAACGUAAGUUAUCGUAAUCUUAUGUUGGCUCAAAGGUCGUAACGUCCGCGCGUCGUCUAGUCGUUAUCUUAAUUGUGCGAUAAACCCUGCAUCGUGCUAUACGCACCAUAUACAAUGUGUGUUCAGUAAUUCCAUACUUUUCGACACAUAUACACAGUGUGCUAAGUUAUUACUAUUUUUUUUUCAAUAUGCCACCCAAAUUAGUUAAUCCUAAUAAUACUAAUACUACUUCUGUAUCUUGUAAUAUUGUCACAAGGUCUUCUUCGUCUUCUAAUCCUUCUAAUAGUGACAUAAUGGCAACUCUCCAAACUAUCCGUAAUGAGUUUUCAUCUGCAAAUAAAAACCUUUCGAACACCUAAACCUCUCAAAUUCAAGAAUUUAAAAAUGACCUUUAGCAACUAUCAACGCAAAUAAUUUAACUAAAGGCUGAAAAUAUAAAUUUACGUAGUGAAAUUGAAAUUCUAAAGAAUAAAGUUGCGUUUUCGGAUGAUACUAAUUCACCUAACAACCACUCUCAUGUACUUCAUGAAAGCUUUAUACGUGAAAGGUGCUCUGUAAAUGUAAUAGCUUAUGGUAUACCUGAGUUCUGUUUGUCUGAAUCAACUCACUGGAUUUCAGAUGACAGCUCCACCAUUCGCUCAUUACUUGAACCUCUUAGUAUUCAAAUUAAUGAUAACAUUAAAAUUAUACGUCUUGGUAAAGUUAGUCCUAACAAAACUCGUCCAAUUAAACUCCUCUGUGGAAGCAAGGAGUCUAUAAAUAAAUUGGUUUUUGACUUCAAAACUUCUCCAACAAGUUAAACUUAAUGGUUAUAUAUCAUCUAAAUGCAAAGUAACUUAUGGUGUCCCACAAGGUAGAUAUUUAUCCCCUUGGCUAUUUUUAAUAUUUUUAUUGGAUAUCGGUUCGUGUUUUAAAUCUUUUUAAUUUAAAUUCUUUGCCGAUGACCUUAAACUGUAUCAUAAUAUUUCCUGUGUAAAUGAUUGUUUGACUCUUCAAGAAGACUUGAAUAAACUUAUUGUUUGGUGUAUGGUAAAUAAAUUAAAGCUAAAUGUCUCUAAAUGUUUAAAAAUUACGUUUUGUCGUACGAAAAAUAUGAUCAACUUUAAUUAUUUAAUAAAUAACUUUAUAUUACCUAAUUUUAUUAUUAUUCGUGAACUUACAUUCCAAUCCGAUAAUUAUUUUUCAUUCAUAUUAAUCAAAUUUGUUCAAAAGCUCUAAAAAUUCAAGGAUUUUUAAUUAAAUCUACUUCAUGAUUUACUAAUAUUUAUUUUCUUAACAACCUUUAUUGUUUGUUAAUAUUUGAGUAUGGGUGUAUUGUAUGGUGCUCAUUCUGGACGUGCUAUAUUGAAAAAAUCAAAAAGAUAUAAAGAAGAUUUUUCGUUUUAUUUGUUUAAAAAAAAAAUAUUAAAUAAUGAUAUCCUCUCCUAGAACGUAUUUCCUUCAAUGUUCCUUAAUAUUAGUUGCUCUACAUUCAUUAUCAAAACCUACCAUACAAAUUAUGGAUAUAAUAAUCGCUUCGAAAGAAUUUUAAGGAUGGGAAAUGAAUCUGGGAAUCGAUUUCGUUCAUUUGUAAGUAUCCACCGUAUUUUUAUGAGUCAAUGGUUUUCCAAAUUCUUAUAUAUUAAAGCUUUUUAAUAACAAAAAUUAUUGUAAUUUAAUACUAUAGGAUGUAUGUCAUAUGUUAUUUGUAUUCUGUUAUGUUAUUAUAUAUGUAUUUAAUUCUGUACUGAAGCCCUCUUUGAUAUCAAAGCUAAUAAUGCUGAUGGGUGCACCCUACACUAUUUUAGGUAGGAAGUUGGAGAAAUAUGAUAUACCUAUAAAAUUAUGUAAUAAAUUACAAUUAUUAAAGUUAUAAAUAACUGUAAGUAACAAUAAACCAUUUCUAACGAAAUAUUAUUCUAAAUGAUGUUCAGUUAUAUAUAUUUUGAAAUUUAGUAAUUUUUAUGAUUUUCAUCAAAAUUUCAUUUUAAAACACAUAAAAAAAACUUUUUUUUAACUUUUUAACUUUAUUUUUUGAACGAUAAAGGCAACUUAUAAUGAGUUGCAUGUUUAAUUUUCAAUCAAUUCUGUUUGUUUAAACAAUUUUAUUCAUAUAUCAAAAAAAAAAAAAAAAAACUCGAAAAUGUAUAAUUUCUAUAAAAAACUCAACAAUUGUCAGAAUGAUUUGAAAAUUGUACUAUGUUUAGAAAAGACCAGUAGAAGUUUGCUUUAAAAUUUUCAGGUCUCUACCGACAUUUGUAACUUAAUUAUAAUCAAUAAACCAAAAUUUGAAAUAACAAAACCAUUAUUUGUGUUAACUUUUCUGUUUUUUUUUCGAACUAUUAAGAAAAAUACAUGGAAAAACUAAAAACUUACCAACUAGAUCUAAAAUGAAACAAAGAAGAUCUGUUGUCAUUUUUUCUUUUAUUUUGUUUUUUGAUUUUUCCCAAUUAUUAUUAUUACUACUUGGAAGAGCAAAAAUGUACUGUUUAAGUUCACCUACUAGAUACAAACUCCAACUCUGAGUAUUUGCGGUUGGAGUAAGUUUUCUGGUAGAAAAAUUGUUUACAAAUAAAAACAUACAUCAUAAAAUAAAAUAAAUACAUUCCUUACUACGCUCAGAAUCUAAAAUAAAAUCUUUCAGUAGCCAGUAGGUGUUAAUUUUAAUUAUAUAUGGUUUAGGCCGGUGUUAAUUUCAAUCCAAAAACAACAAAGGAGUAUAUAUUACACCUUUUAGGAUCAAAAGGAGUACAAUUGCCUAAUCUUUCUAAUUCUAAAUUGUACAAAACAAAUGAUGUUACUUAUGAAAAGCUCAUUAUUCCGAAAAAAUUUGACUCAAGAAAACAAUGGAGUCGGUGUACAACCAUUGGACGAAUCCGUGAUCAGGGACAUUGUGGAUCGUGCUGGGUAAUAUUGUAAAAACUAUUUACUUAAAAUAAAACUCUACCUAAUGUUAUUGUUUCUGUAGGCAUUCGCUACGAGCUCAGCAUUUGCGGAUCGUUUAUGUAUAGCAACAAAUGGAAAUUUUAAUGAACUAUUAUCUGCAGAUGAACUAACGUUUUGCUGUCAUCUGUGUGGUUUUGGAUGUAGAGGAGGUUACCCGAUUAGAGCUUGGAACUAUUUUCAUCGACAUGGUUUGGUUACCGGCGGGAAUUAUAAUACAACAGAAGUAAGUGAUAAUUUGAAAAAUGUUAAAUAAUGUUUAUUAUGUACAAUGUGUAUAUGCCAAGUGGUGAUUUUUAACUGUAAUAUAGUGAUUGUAUAAUAAUAUAUAUUAUAUAUUAUAUUAUAUUAUAUAUAUUAUAUUAUAUUAUACAUCAUAACCGUCAAAAACAUCAAUUAUUAUCAUUUAAAAUUCAUCAGUAAGAUUAAUAUAUUUAGGGUUGUGAACCAUACACAGUAUCACCUUGCCCGUAUGAUAAAUAUGGAAAUAAUACAUGUUAUGGAAAACCAAUAGAAAAAAACCAUAACUGUAAGAAAAUGUGUUACGGAGAUAAAACCAUUGAUUACAAAACAGAUCACAAGUAUAGUAUGAACCUGUAUUUAACUUGAAUAUGAACAAUUUUUUAUAUAUAUAUAUAUAUAUUGCAGGAUAUUAACUAAGCGUGCUCACUCCAUUUUUUUGGUUAAAUUUUGCAUAUUAUAAUCAAAUUCUGAUUUUUGGAAUUUUAAAGUGUAGUGGCCAAUAUUUUCGAAUAAUUAGAUUUUCUACAACAUUUAUGGAGUAUACUGUAGCGAUAGCAACUUUUAUUUUUCAAUCGAGAAUCUAUAUUAAAAAUGUUAUAAAUACAUGGAGGAUUGAGGUGAGUAAAUGGGGUAAGCACGCUUAGUGAAUUACCCUGUAUGUAUAUAGUUGCGAACCCAGGGGAAGGACUAAAGGGGCUACAGCCCCACGCCCAUUGACUGAAUUAAAUAAUAUUAAAAAAAAGAGCUGAUACUGGGGAGGGAUGUGGCCAUUGAGUUAGGUGGAUAGUUGGGAAGAUCUCAUACAUAUAGUUCAUACCUUUAGUUUAAAAUGUAUACAAUUUAUACUUGUAAACAACGAUUAAUCAUUGCUAACGAAAAACGAUUCUGAGUGGAGUUUGGUUAUACAUGUUUUAAAAGGCCGUAAUAUUUACGAUUUUCGUCAAAAUAUGAUAUUACAAUUCUUAUGAAAAAAAGACAAAUAUAACUCGCACGUGGGUGGGCCACAGUUGUAGGUUAGAAGUUGGGAAGGUAGAAGAGAUAGCUGAUGUUCAAUUUUAAUUAAUAUGUCUAGAAAAUGUAAAUAUAAGUUUUCUGCCUAAAUAUCGAGUCUCUACGAACAUAAUGUACUGAAUUACAACAAAAAAGAUGGGCUUACUUCGCAGGAUGAGUAGGAAGAUAGAAUAUAAAUUGGAAUUUAAUGUAUAUCUGUAUACAAUGAUUAAUGCUAACGUAAAUCGAUUCUGAGCGGAGUUCGUUUUUAAAUGUUUUAAAAGCCAUCUGUGCAAGAACCAGACAGCUGUAUUUUAGUAUAUUUUUCAGGAAUCAAUGUAUUAAUUUUUAAAAAUAGGAUUGAUUAAAAAAAUAUUAUAAACAUUACUUAUAAAUCUAUAAAACGAGCCUAAAUAUAUGAUGUAAAACAGAAGCCUUUACAUUUUUUAUUGAUAUCAUAUUUUAAUUAUUUAUUAUAAAAAUAUGGAGUUGUGUUAAUUUAUGCUCAGAAUUCCGUAGUUGACUUUUAUUUUUAUUAAUUAAAAUUAAUUCUGUUUUGAAAAAACUUUUUUAAAUAGCAUAAUACAUCAUAAUAUAUUUUAUUUAUUUAUUAAAUUAUUGCACAGGUGUAUCAAGUAUUGUUUAAUAAAAAUAAAUCAUAAAAAAUUUUAAAAAUUAAAAAUUAUGAAAAUAUUAUAUAACUGUUAGUUUAUACCUACACAGAAUGUCAAAUAUAUUUUUUUAAUAAUCAGGUAUUAAAAUUAUAAUUAAUUUAGUUUAAGAGAAUAUUUUUUAAAUAGCAUAAUACAAAAUAUUUAAAAAAAAUAUGUAAUUAAAUAAAAACCUGAGAGUAAAACUUGAAAAAUUAAAAGAUAUGAAAAAGGACAUUUUUUUAUACACAUAGGUAAUCAUUAGUACCCCAAUGCCGGGUUGCACCAACUAUUUAUACAGAAAUAAACUUGUUUAUUUGUAGUUAAACUAAAUUCUGUUGUACAAACCACGUUUUAAAUUUUAUCUAUUGAUAAAAAUGUAGUUUAUCAAGAGUUAAAUUAAAGGCCCAUUUAUCGCUGUGUAAAUAUUUAUCUAUAGUUAAAUUUCGUUAUCAAUGUUUUGCGUUAUUGUGGUGACUAGUAAUAAUCGAAAACAUUAGAUGAUAUUUUUGUAUUAUUAAAUCAUAUUAACUUCUAUAGCCGCUACUUAUUGAUAACUAGUAUUCUGGUAAUAACCUGAGUAUAAAAAUAUGAUUGAGUAACACUUAUAAAUUUAUGAUAAAACUUUAAUUUAUCAACUGUUAGUUUAUCAUCAUGUAAAUAUUUAAUACUAGAUAACUACGGGUUUGAUGCGACCGGGCAUAAACGUUCAAAUAAAAUAUUCUGAAAAACAGACUUACUUUUGGAAUACAGGUUAAAGAUAAUAAGUUAAGUUACAAUAAACGCGUCAUUCUUUACUUCCUAAGUUGAUAAUAAAAUACGUUUUAACUCAAACUACAACAUUAAUAUUUAGGAAAAUAAAAAAGUGAACUAGAAUGAAUUUUCAAAUAUUUUGUUAAAUGUAAAUAAUUGUAUUAAAUAUACAAUCGAAAUAUUUAUUUAGUUUUAAUAACUACUGAAAUCGGUAUUUUCUAACUACUUUGAUGGGAUGAUGCAACAUGCAUAUGAAAAACAAAAAUAAAAGGUCACUUUUUGUCGCAAUUUGGGUUACAAGGUCUAGCUUUCUUAAAUUACUUAAAUAAAUUUAUAAGUUUGUAUAAGCUUUAAUAUUAAUGAAACCAGAAAAAUAUAACCUAUUUAGGGAUACGCGAUAAACUAUAAUGAAUAUAUUGUUAUCUGUUUAAUAGCUAGAGAUUAUUAUUACCUUACAUAUACAAGUAUCCAAAAAGAUGUUUUGGUAUACGGACCGAUAGAGGCUUCAUUUAACGUUUAUGAUGAUUUUCUGAACUACAAGUCAGGUAAGUCACACAGGUUUUUUCUAUCCUAAAUUGAGUAAGUGUACAAGAUUUUGGUGUUUUUACUGUAUUAGGUAUACAAUGUAUAUACAGUAGAAUCUGCUUAAUUGGGACACCUUAUAAAGGGGACAACCGCUUAAUGGGGACAAAUUGGCAUAGUCCCGAACGAAUGUAUUCGUUUAAGGCAAUUUAACUUUGUUUAUCUUAGACAAACGAUAGGUUAUAAGGGACAAAAAUAAAAGCGUCUAAUUAGACAUUCUGACCUAAAUUAUCUAUCUACUUCUUAUCGAAACUGUAAUUAUCUAACCUUUAUAGCUCUAUUAUAUAGGUAAUCAUUUAUUUUUAUUCUACUACCACGAUAAGAGUCAACUAGCCUACGUACAAAAUUGAAAAACUUUAGUUCGCGUUUUUUCGUCUCUGCGUAUUAACGUAUGUGUGUUUUUAUUGAUCUCAGUUUGUGUUAAUACGUAACAAUUAUGUCUCGUAAAGAUUUAACGUUGAUUGAAAAAAUGUCUAAUGAAAUAUCAUCAAUAACUUGGGGACGUUCACUGUCUGCAUUCAAUAUAAAAAUAUAAAGUACAAAGUAAAGUAUUUGUAAUUAAAAACCUAGAAAAUGUGUCAUGUUGUUUUUGAGAGAUUAGAGCUCAUCAAGUGGCUCCAUAAAGUGAAAAUGAGGAAGAAAUAGAACUGAAGUAUUCUAAGCUUUUUAAAGGUCUUGGCUCAUGAAUACUGAAACGUAUGUUAUCAAAAUAAAAUAGGACGUACAACCAUUUGUAUUAAGUGCACCCAGGCAAGUACCUUUACCAUUAAUAAACAAAGUAAAACAAGAGCUGCAGGUAAUGAAAGAAAAACAAGUGAUUGUUCUGGUAAUUAAACCAACACAGUGAUGUGCCCUAAAUGGAUGUUAUUCUUAUAUAUAGAACCUCUAUCAAAAAACAUGAGCGAUUAGAAGAUUACUCAAAGGUUAAUCUUUAGAUCCGAAAUUGGAAGAAAUUAGUAAACAAAAAUAAAGAGAUUACCAACAGAACUUUUUCCUUACUGGGACCAUAGAUUUGAAACCUCUAUUACAAAAAUAAUUUAAUGUUGAUUGGACUGACUAUAAUAGUUCCAUUAAAAAUGUAAAAAGAAGUAUUAAACAAAAUCCAUGAAGGUCAUCAGAGGAUAAAAAAAUGUAGGGCUAAAGCAAGUCAAUUAGUAUGGUGGCCUAAAAUGUCUCAACAUAUCCAACAGACAGUAAGGAUGUGCCAUAAGUGUAUAGGUAAGUGACAAAACAGAAAUAAACCAUUGAUUACAUCACAUUUUCCGGAGGGACCCUGGCAAGUAGUAGCUAUAGAUUUGUUUAAACUAAAUGGUAACUGGUACUUAUUAAUAUCUGAUUAUUAUUCUGUAGAGAUGUUAAAACUAAAUUGCUUAAUAGCUGAAAACGUUAUUAAACAUCCUAAGUAUAUUUUUGCAAGACAUGAUUGCCCAGAGAUUGUUAGAACAGAUUUUGGACCACAGUUUCAGGUACUAAAUGGGUUUUCACACAUUUUUAUUAAAUUUGCUAAAAACUAUGGGCUUCAACACAUUACAUCAAGCUCAAAAAAUUCACAAAGUAACAGAUUUAAAGAAGCAGCAGUAAAAAUAGUAAAAAUGACAUUAAAGAAGUCAAGCAAUCCAUACUUAGCACUAUUGAAUUACCUGUUUAAUGGUUUCAGUCCAGCCAAACUACUGAUGGGAAGAAAACUUAAAAGUAUGGUACCUACGAUACCAGAGAAUUUGGAACUAUUUACACCAAAUAAGAACCAAGUAGUUUAACAAGAAAAAGAAGGAAGGCCACAAUGGAGAAGAAUUAUAAUAGACAUUAUGGAGUGAGAGAGUUGCCAGAACUCAACAUUGUAAUACAUGUAUGGGUAAUGGAUUCGAAGGGGAGAGCUGUUGUCAAAGAAAUAGCAGAUACAUCUAGAUCAUAUACAGUUAAAAAUGAGAAAGGUAGCAUAAUUAGGAGAAAUAGAAAAAACCUUAUUAUUAUAAAGAAUACAGAAGAUGACCAAGAGACAGAGUAAAGUAUAAAUGGUAAAGAGGAAAUUGUUGAUAUUCCAACAGCUGAACCACAAAAAAGGAAUUUAAGAAACUAAUAGGCCCAGACAGGCUCAAUUUGUAAAUAAUUACAUUAUUAAAAAAAAACGUAUUUAUUGUCUAUUUUAUUUAUUUAUACCUAUGUAAUAGUUGUUAACUUUCACUAUAGAGGAGAUAUUGAGGUUAAGUUAACAUUAAUUAUGUUAUCAUAUAUCUCUUAUCUUAAAAGUUAUACUAAUAAAGUAUUGUAACAGGUUAGUUAUUAUAAUUUAAUUAUUAAUUCAACGUCUAUUAUAAUUAAUACAUCAAAAACAUAUGCCGUACAAUUUUAAAAUAAAGGAAUUUGUGUUUUCAUAUUUCGUAUUUUUCAAUUAUUGUGAAAUUCACUAAGAGAAUUAAAAAACAAAUUACUUACUCAUUAAUUAGAUCCAAAAUUCAAUAAAAAAAGGUCUCUCUUGGUAUUUAGCAAUAUUUCUGAUAGGAAACAUAGUUGCAAAUAUUUUGAAAUCAAUAAAAUCGAUAACACCGCACUUCGUAAAUAUUUGCCGUUUUAUCUAUAAUUGUCUUUACAAUUAUUCCUAAUUAUUUUAAAAACCCCUUAGAAUAUUAAAAAAAUGACUUUUCUAAUGCAAUAACUAGAUAAAAUUAUCUAUAUAUAAAAAAAUUAAUUUUAUUUUUAAAAAGUAGUUUAUAGACAGAAAAAAAAUGCAUAUAUCAUAAUAAAACCAAUAGAUCCCUUGCCGAAUAUAAAAAUAACUAUUAGUCGUAUCUCUCAUAAUUUACACCUAUGGCUAUAUAUUAGGUAAUAAUAUUUAAUAUUUAUCACUUUCAGGUAUUUAUGUAAAAACUGAAAAUGCAACAUAUUUAGGAGGUCAUGCUGUAAAAUUGAUUGGAUGGGGAGAAGAUAAAGGAAUACCGUACUGGUUGAUGGUCAACUCGUGGAAUGAAGAUUGGGGAGAAAAAGGGCUAUUCAAAAUUCGGCGCGGCACAAAUGAAUGUGGAAUUGAUAAUUCAACUACUGGUGGGGUACCAGUUGUUUUCUAA